AUGUCCAUCGCAAAGGACGCCCUCUUCGUGGGCCCCGCCACGCGACAAAGGAAAAGAGUUCGAUUGAUAUUAAUAGCUACUAUAGCAGCUGCAUUUUUCUUCUUCUCCUAUAACUUCUCCAGAAACCGAGUACUCUACUCUUCAAUCUCCAGCUACGAUCACGAACAUGCCGGAUCGCCAGCCACACGCCCCUCGUCGUUCACAACCGGAGCGGGAACUUGCAACGUCGAUACCGGCGUCGUGGAGAGAUAUGGAUUGAGCGGAGACGUCAAGUACACCCGUCGUGAAAUAUACGUUGUCCUUACGGACAAGGAGGAGACACCGAUCACGACCCAAAUGGACAUGAACCUUUUCGAUGUAGCGCCCACGACUUUGUCCGGAGAUGUCGAGACGACUGUCAACUGCUCGGAUCCAAUUACUGUUAGAGUGCCACCUUCUCUACCGUUCAGGGAUGCCUCGCACAUCGACUUUGCAAUUUCCACGAAUAUGGAGCGAUUGAUGGACUCCAUGGAUGCAUUCUCGGUGUGGGCCGGAUAUACAAACACACGAUUCUUGGUAUUCAUUGAACCUGGAGCAGAUCAGAGAAAAGCGCAACGCAAGGCUAAGAGUCUUGGUUUGAACAUUGAGCUUUUUGAGUCGGAUGUCGAUUACGAGAAUCGGUAUUCCUUGUUGGUGAAGCUCUUGGCCGACAAUGCUCGCCCCGAAACGAAGUGGUUUUGCAUCAUGGAUGACGACACAUUUUUUAUGUCCAUGUCUAGACUCUUGCAGAUGCUUGACAAAUACGAUGUUUCCAAGCCACAUUAUAUUGGUACCGUGACUGAGAGUGAUAGUCAACUCUCGAUGUUUGGUAUUUUUGCCUAUGGAGGAGCCGGAAUGUUCUUCUCUCGCCCUCUGAUGGAUGAGCUUGGUCGUAUUUGGGGUGAAUGCGAUGCCGGUACAGAUCACGGUGAUGGAAAGAUCGCUCACUGUGUCUAUCAAUAUACCCGCACGAAGCUUGAAAUGGAGACCGGUCUCAACCAGCUAGAUUUGAUGACCGAUGCCUCUGGAUGGUUCGAGGCCGCGCGCUCUGUUCCAGUGUCUCUCCAUCACUGGAAGUCAUGGUUUGAGGCCGAUGUUGUGAAAAUGACUGCUGUGCGUGAUGUCUGCGGCACUAACUGUAUACUCCGCCAGUGGAGGUUCGCUGAUGGAUGGCUUUUGACCAACGGAUACUCGGUCAUUCAUCACGGAGCAGGUAUUACGGACGAUUAUGGCGCGUUUGCCAUGGAGAAGACAUGGGACGACCUUAACGGGUCGACUGACGAGUCUUUCGUGCGUACACUCGGUCCUCUACGGUCAAAGGAAGAAGAUAAGAUUUCGCUCCGACUUGCGGACGUGAUUGUUGAGGGAGGCCAGGUCAGGCAAUUCUAUAUCCGCCGUGUUGAGGGAGGCGACGAGGUGUUGGAACUUGUUUGGCGCUUGAACUAA